CGCGGGACCACUACCGUUGCCGUUGCAAAUGCUGUCCGCAACUUCAAGUCUUGCAAUGGUGGGACCGCCUGCCCGUCUACCUACUUUCAGCAGGAAGCAGCAUCUCAAAUCAGACGUGCGGGCGCCACAUUCCUGGAGGACGGAAGGUCGCUAUCCCCUGCUCAUCGGCGAUGAGGGACUACCAUCGCUGGAAGGGCGGGGUGGAUAUCCGCGAUCAAUUACGGCUGCAGCGCUACUCGCUACAUCUAUCGGUGCCGUUCCGUAA